GGAGGAGGCGGAGACAGAGGGGGAGGAAGCCGGAAGUGGAUCGGGCCCGGGUCGGUCCGGGCGUUGCGGGUUUGGGGCCAGGGAUCGCUCGGCCCCUGGCAACUGCGGAGCCCGUGACAGAACGGAGCGGCGUCAUACCGGCCCUGAGGCCUGCUGACCGGUCCCACCCCCUAUUCUCGAGUGUGGGCCCUGACAGCGCUGCGCCAGCCUCUCUUUCCGUGAACCCAGCACCUCGCUCUCCUCCCCGGGACAGGCAGGCUCAGCGCGCCCUGCGGAGGUCCGCGGCGACCAGCAGCGACCGCGGAGCGACGGCGGGCGGCCCCGGGCAUGUACGCCCCCGGAGGCGCAGGGCUGCCCGGCGGGCGCCGGCGGAGGAGCCCUGGAGGCAGCGCUCUGCCCAAGCAGCCGGAGCGUAGUCUGGCCUCGGCUCUGCCGGGUGCCCUGUCCAUCACGGCGCUGUGCACUGCCCUUGCGGAGCCUGCCUGGCUGCACAUCCACGGUGGCACCUGUUCCCGCCAGGAGCUGGGGGUCUCCGACGUGCUGGGCUACGUGCACCCGGACCUGCUGAAAGAUUUCUGCAUGAAUCCCCAGACAGUACUGCUCCUGCGGGUCAUUGCUGCCUUCUGCUUCCUGGGCAUCCUGUGUAGUCUCUCUGCGUUCCUCCUAGAUGUCUUUGGGCCCAAGCAUCCAGCUCUGAAGAUCACCCGUCGUUAUGCCUUCGCCCACAUCCUUACAGUCCUGCAGUGUGCCACCGUCAUCGGCUUUUCCUACUGGGCUUCCGAACUCAUCCUGGCCCAGCAGCAGCAACACAAGAAGUACCACGGCUCUCAGGUCUACGUCACCUUUGCUGUUAGUUUCUACCUGGUGGCAGGAGCCGGUGGAGCCUCCAUCCUGGCCACAGCAGCCAACCUCCUGCGCCACUACCCCACGGAGGAGGAGGAGCAGGCCCUGGAGCUGCUCUCCGAGAUGGAGGAGAAUGAGCCUUACCCAGCAGAGUAUGAGGUUAUCAACCAAUUCCAGCCGCCCCCAGCCUACACACCCUAGUGCCGGCCGAGGGCUUUCUUCCGCAGCAGCCCCUCCCCGCUCUGCAGCGCCUCUCACCCCCAGAGGAGCUCCUGUCCCUAGCAGGCCUCACUGGUAGGAUCCUGACCAUUUCACCAAACCUUCCCAGGAGAGACUCUGCCUUUAGGGUUGUUCAUGUAUCCCUGUUCUCAAAACCUGGGAUUUACAGAUUUUAUAUAAUGCACUGUUUCCCCUCUUGUCACCUUCCUGUCCCUUGAAGGUCACUAGUCAUUACCAACCAGGGAUGGUCAUACAACUUUUCUCCCUUCAUGGGCCAUAUCUUUGAAACUGGGACUUCCCAUGGGGAGCCGCUGAUAGUGGGCAGUCCCAGCUAGAAGUGUCAGCAGGUACUGUGGGAAAGGGGGCUGUGCCCUGCAGGCUUCAUCACAGUCCAUGUUUGUCCCACAGCUGUAGCCCUGGACUGACCCCACGCCCCAUUCCUUCUUGGAGGGCCCCAGUACUGGGCGCCCACUCCAUGGAAUUCUCUGCACUUUAGUCUUUGGACUUCCCAUUACGUGUAUUUUGGUUUUAUGGGAAGAAGGAAUUGCUGUCGGUAAGCAGAGCCAGCGCUCUCCCUGCUCUGCCCUUGCUUGGGUGACUGGAGCCCAGGCAAGGAGAGCAGGAGCUGGUGUGGGCCUGAGGCCCCCUGCCCCCCAGAAAGGAUCAGAGUGAGGGGGACCAACUCUCCUAGCCCCUUCACCUUUUAAACCGUGAGUGGUUUUAGAAGGAAAAAGCAAAACCAACCAACAGCAACAAUAUUCUUUUUAAACUAGCGACAAGACUGUGGUCGUGUCUUCAGAUACGUAUCCCAUUCCCUGCGGCUCCACAGUGUUUGGGGCCGCAGUCCUCCCGAGUAGUUCCUCCCUGUACCUCUCCCAGCAGAAUGCAGCCUCUUCCCUUGCUCCCUCCCCUGCAGUGACCUGGCUCCUGGGCCCUUCCUGUGCCACCCAGAGCCCUGGCAGCCCCCGACGGGCUGAGGACUGUGGCCUGGCUGGCCGGCCAGCGUGGUGCUCCUCAGGACUGUGGCACUGAGAUGUAACCUGGCCUCCGUGCAGGAACAGGGGCCACAGCAGGGCAGGAAACCCUCCACUUUCCACAUAGGAACCACAGCCAGUGGGGUCCCGUUGCGUGAGGUGUCAGAACCACCCUGUCAGACGAGCAGACCUGGCUGUGUCCUUCAGGCUCAGUGUGUCCCCUAGACUGUGACAUGGGGCAACAGCUUGCUGCAUGCCCCCUCAUCCCUUCUUGAAUGUACUCUGUCUGGUCUUG